AUGAAGAUUCUAAACCAUCCAAACAUUGGUAAGUGUAUCACUGACAUACUGACUCACUUCUGUAAAUCCUCAUAACAAUGUGUGCCCAUACGUGUUUGGGACAAGUUGAUUUCAACUCAGUCGGAUUUAAUUUAUAGCUAAACUUAACUAGCUACCUACUUAGUUUACCGUACAGCAAAACAUACACUUUUUUUUUUUUUUUUUACACUUAGCAAUGCGUAAAAAACAACACAAGAACAUAUGACAAUGCCCCUGUGCACAAAGCGAGGUCCAUACAGAAAUGGUUUGUCGAGAUCGUUGUGGAAGAACUUGACUGGCCUGCACAGAGCCCUGACCUCAACCCCAUCGAACACCUUUGGGAUGAAUUGGAACGACGACUGUGUCAGUGCCCGACCUCACUAAUGCUCUUGUGGCUGAAUGGAAGAAAGUCCCUGCAGGAAUGUUCCAACAUCUAGUGGAAAGCCUUCCCAGAAGAGUGGAGACUGUUAUAGCAGGAAAGGCGGGACCAACUCCAUAGUAAUGCCUAUGUUUUUGGAAUGAGUUGUUCAACGAGCAGGUGUCCUCAUACUUUUUUUUACCUCCCAAUCCCACUCAUUCAUUCUAAUGAACUGGAGAAUGGCACUCCACUUCCUCCUGUGGCUAUCUUUAGCCUGAUUGUGUGUGUGUGUCCGUGUUGCUGUGUGUCCACACUCAUACACACCAGCCCUCUCAGGAAAACCUGGAAAGAGCCCAAAAAGUUAGAGGCCAUGGGAUGUGGUACCAGUCGUCAUGGCAAUGACAUAUUUCCUUUCUCUGUUCAUAUCAAUAGGAGGGCUACUCCCUCCUGGAGAGCUGAGUUGCAGUGUAUGUAUGCAGGCUUAUGCUCUAGCCCGGCACUAACAGACCAGAAUCAACUAAUGGUCCAGAUUGAAGACCAGGAUGCGUUGAUUAUUUAUUUGAAUCAAGUGUGUAAUAAAUUCUGGGCUCGAACAAAAACCUGCACGCGCUGUGGCUCUCCAGCACAGGAGUUGAAAAACCUGGAUGUUAGCCUCUAUUUGAAUGUUUUGGUCUUACGUUUCAUAUACAAAAUGGGAAAUGUCCUCUACAAAGCCGAUUUGUGAUCACCCCGCCUUGCCUUGUCCAGCAGGCUCCCUUUUGGUGGUCUGAAUCCGCCGGCGCAUGGUUGGUAUGAAAAAUGUAUGCACUCACUAACUGUUAGUCGCUCUGGAUAAGAGCGUCUGCUAAAUGACUAAAAAUGUAAAACAUUUUGGCGAUCGUUUGGUUAAGCCUGGGGUAAGCCAUUUUGUUGGUGCUUCUCACGCUCAACUUCCUCUCUUCCACUGAUCCACUGUCUCCCUCCCCAAGCCAGGUAGGUCAGGGAGGGAAGGAGGGUGAUAUGCCGAAAGAAAGGAUGUUAGUUAAUCAAGAGAACGGGAUGGAUGGGAAGAUAUGCCCUCAGUGAAUUUCAAAUUGCAAUACCAAUAAAGCUUAUUGAGUUAAAAUAUGACAAUGGUCAAGAAAAGUGAGAGACGAGGUGGGCAAUGUUCCCUCAAAUUAUUUGGGGCACUGAGCAAAUUUUAGUUCUUGUGAACACUGAGGCUGUACCCUUACAGUUUUUGACAGUUUUAGGCUAUUGUGGCAAUUUGAGUAUAAUGUAGGCCUACCAACAAAACCAAUGGAACAAAUCCCAUAACAUUUUCACAUGGAAAUAGCUUUUUGAUUUCUAUAAUAUAGCCUACAGUAGCCUAUAUGUGGGGUUCAGUGCAGGCCAACAUUGCAUGAGACUUUUAAAAAUGCUUUUUACAUUAUGAAGGGCUUGACAUUUUAAUGAUUUUUUUACUUGGUUGGUAACACCAUGGGCCAAAUAGGACCUGUAAAUUGCAUUGUACUGUGUUGUAUGAUGAAAGAAACCACUUUACAAAAUAAAAUGAAUUGUUAUUACCAUACAGAGAAUUAGACAAUGUAAGCUACCCCUCUGCCUAUUGGCUUAUUUGCAUAUUUUACCUGACUGGCUUUUCAAAGACGGCUUGAAAUGUAGCCUACACGUUUUGUGCUCUUGUAGGAAGCAGUAACUCCCAAUUGCUGACCUAUACUUAUCUAUAACUGGGCUAAUAACUCUCUAAUUAGCAAAGAAUAUCAACAAAUGUGCACACACGCGACUCCGCGCUCUGAACUGAACUGAUCUGAAAAGCGCUUUCACUUGCGCUACCCCUGCCAAUAGAAUUCUACUCCGUUGCGCUCUGGCUCUGCCUACAACAAAAUCACAGACUCAAUCUUGCAAAGUUAGAUAUUGGUUUGUUUUGUUGCAUUGAAAGGGGCUGACAUGUUGAUUCAAUCACAGAAAAAAACGUUGAUCUAUAUAAUGCAAACUAAUGGCGCGAACUCAGUGAAGUUCAAUCUCUUGCCUGACAUUUUUUUCUGCGCUGCAGUCCUGGAGGAGGUGUCCGGCCGCGCACAUGCUCACCUUAGGUGGGGAAGAGAGACAGAGGGAUACAGACAUUGGGAGAGAGACGGAGUGAUAGACAAUGAAGGAGAGCGAGCGACAGAGGGAGACAGACUGAAGGAAAGACAGAGGUAUACACCCAUUUAAGAGGGAGAGAGACUGAGUGAUACAGACAAAGAAGAAGUAAUAGAAACAGACUGAAGUAGAUGGCAAGACAGAGGGAGAGAUACGAGACUAACUGAUACAGACAGUGACUGUGGGAUUAGUUGGCUAUGGUCUCAUUUCAGAACAGUAUGUUGCCAUUGAGCCUGGCACCGACAUAUGCUAGAAAAAUCUGGAGGCUUUCUCUCAUAGACAAUUUCUUAGGCGGGAUGCAAGGUAGCCCAAAGCAACAUUUUAAGCACGCAGAUACAUACAUGUUCAGAUUAUGCAAAAUGUUGGUAAGAGUAACAAGGUGAAUUUUGGGCCAUAUUUUCAGUCUUCUUACAUUAAUAGCAGGGUUUCCAUUCUUGGUGGGGACACCCAGGGAGCGCACAGUUUUGUUCCAUCUCAGCUCUAAUACUCCUGAUUUUCCCAAUCAUUGGCUUAGUGAUCAGUUGAGAAAGAGGCUGAAUGACAGACAGACAGACAGUAGGGCUGUACGAUGUGGGCAAAAAAUCGAAUUGCGAUUAUUUAUUUUUGUACCAAAUAUUGCUAUUUGACUUGAUAUAAACCAAAACACUUGGGUGAACUGUUGGAAUCAUAGACAUAGAAUGAUUUAUAUUAAGAACCAAAGUGGAAAGCAACAUCGUUCUUCAAAAUAUUGCAUGCCAUAUACAUUUCUUGCGAUAUGGAUAUUGCACAUGUCAAUAUUGCAAUUUCGAUGUGAAUUUUAUUAAUUGUGCAGCCCUAACAGACAGACAGACCAACGGACAAGCAGGGUGCAUUCCAUGUACACAAAAUAUGUGCAAUUCAACGUCCGCAUAAGUUUUUAAUGUACCAGACAUCAAUAUGUUCUAGUUAUCCUUAUCCUGCAAAAUUAGUGUAUUCUGGAGUGCACCCACAGACACAGUGAAAUAGAUAGUGAUUUAGAAAGCGAGAAAGAGAGUCGUGCUCAUCUCUGCUCCAAUUCAAUUAGAUGGGAAGUGAUUUAGCCUGCUAGCUGGUGAUUUCCCAUCUAACUCUCUCUCUCUCUCUCUCUCUCUCUCGCCACAGUGAAACUGUUUGAGGUGAUAGAGACUGAGAAAACUCUCUACCUGGUGAUGGAAUAUGCCAGUGGAGGUAAGUUACUUAGUAAUAUGACAUACAGUAUAGUACAUUAUCAUAUUUAUAAUAUGCUUUGAGCAUAAUCCAUGAAAAUCUCAUUUAUAAAUAUAAAAUACAUGUAUUAUGGUUAUGAUUAUUAAAGUAUGACACCCUUCUCUUGGAGAGCUACUGGGCGUGCAGGCUUUUGCCCCAGCCCUGUGCUAACUCACCUGCUUCAGGCAAUCAAGGUCCUGAUGAGUUGCUUAUUAGUGGAAUCAGCUGUGUUUGAGGGCAGGGCUGGAUCAAAAGCCUGCACAACCAGUAGCUCUCCAGGAGGAGGGUUGGUCUGACUCCUGAUAUUCAUAGUACUUUAUUAUAAGACAUAGUAUUGCCUUAUCUAGGACAAAUGAGGCAGCCUAACUAGCAAUUGAUGCUUUGUUGGUGGGUUCCAGACAUUAAAAAGAAUUUCGGGGACUGAGAGGAAGUUUUGGAAUGUAUCUAUUCAGUCAAAGUUGAACUUAAACCUCUCUCUCUCUCGGUCUUGCUCUCUCCCUGUCUCUCUCUAUCCCUUCACUCGAUCUCUCUCUCUCCCCACUCUUUCUCUCUCUCUCUCUCUCGCUCCGCCUUCCUUUCAGGGGAGGUCUUUGACUACCUCGUAGCUCACGGGAGGAUGAAGGAGAAGGAAGCCAGGGCUAAAUUUAGACAGGUACUGCAGCAGACUGGAUUCAGCCCUACACAUACGCACGCACGUACAUAUACUAACAUACACACCCCAUGUUCAAAGACACACUGGCUGGGUGUCACACAGACACACUUUCAAGCCCCCCCCCCCCCCAACAUCCUUGCCAUCCUUAAUUUUCAGCCGAUCAAACCCCCCCGCUACUCAGUGAAAGGGGGUCUACCGUAAGUCCAUACAGGGGCUCCCCUGAUAUCUGGGUCACUUGAUGUAAGAGCUGUGGACAGGGAGCUAGGAGAAUUGGGCGGGGGGGGGGGGGGGAGAGGGAGAAAGAGAAAGGAAGAUAGGAGAAAAUAUGGAUGGGAUAAAAGAGGAGGAUAGCAGGGGAGAGGAACCAGUACAUGUCUUAAAUUCAUAGACGCUGUGUAUCAUUUUUGUAUGAUUAUAUGUAUUAUACCAGUACAUGCAUUUAUACGUAUAAUACAGUGUUAUGGAUCUCUAAAGAUACUAGAUAGUGGGUGAAGGACUUUGGAUAUUUGCAUAACGAAAGGGGAGGUUAUUGGCAUGAACAGUAGGCCUAUUAAUUAAUUAAUUAAUUAAUUCAUUAAGGAGAGGCAAAAAUGACCAAAACAAAAAAUCUGGUAAAUGAAUAAAAUAAAAAUAGAUUACCCCAAUGGAUAGGUACAUUGAUAGAUAUUGUUGUAGUUAUAAAGUAUGUUAUUGACAGUAAUCAGUCACUAGCUAGUUCUGUUCAAAUCAGCCCCUGCUUACCUGGAUGGGGAAAACCACCAUAUCUAACAUACGCACACCGUGCGUGAGUCUGUACUAGCCACAAGCACUUCCUGCUGUCCAAUCAAUGAAGUUCUGAGAAGUGGGUGCCUGUCGACAUCGCUAAUUGUUCUCACACACUCACACACCAGACAGACAGUGUUGACCAGUCCCAAAUGAACCUCAAGCUCCUCUGUCACGUGUCAAACUCAUUUACAUUUACAUUUUAGUCAUUUAGCAGACGCUCUUAUCCAGAGCGACUUACAGUUAGUGCAUACAUUAUUUUUUUAUCGACCCCACAACCCUGGCGUUGCAAACGCCAUGCUCUACCAACUGAGCUACAUCCCCUACCGGCCAUUCCCUCCCCUACCCUGGACGACGCUGGGCCAAUUGUGCGCGCCGCCCCAUGGGUCUCCUGGUCGCGGCCGGCUACGACAGAGCCUGGAUUCGAACCAGGAUCUCUAGUGGCACAGCUAGCACUGCGAUGCAGUGCCUUAGACCACUGCGCCACUCGGGAGUACAACUCCAAAUCGAAAGGGCUGUAGUUAUAAUAACUUUUAUAAAAACGUAUAAACUGUCUAAUAAUGUGUUCUAACUUCUAAUUCUAUGGUUUUGGUCCAUUCCUUUCUAGAUUGUGUCAGCUGUGCAGUACUGCCAUCAGAAAAAGAUUGUACACAGAGACCUGAAGGUAAUGAACGCUUUAUGUACACACACGCAUACACACGCAACCUGGCACACAUACACGUACCAUGACACGCGCACACCCCCCCCCCCCCCUUCAGAGCCAUGGGAGAAACACUGUUCAUUAUCACCUCCCACCUCCCACCUACAUCCUCUCACCUGCUACGACACGGGAUGUUGUGUUACCAUCCCCCAGAGGUGUGUGACAUACUGUAGUAGUCUCUACAGGGCAUUACACGCUCUGUUUCCACGAUGACAUGUCCUAAAUUAUGCAUUUGCACAAGAUAGAGGGAGAGUAACAGAGAGAGGGAGAAAGUGGGAGGAAGGAACAAAGAGUUGGAUAGACAAACGAAGAGGGAGAGGAAGAUGGAGAGUGGUAGAAACAAGAAGAAAGACAGAUGUUGGAUACCAUGUCAGGGAGCAAGUAGGUGGCAAUGUGCUCUCAUUCUAUGCCUGUGCUCCCUUUCUCUUCUUCCUCCGUUUCUCUUUCACCAUCCUUCUCUCCCUCUUGUCAACCCCUCUCGCUCUCCCUUUCCAUUUCUCCCUUCUGUAUCUCUCUCCUCUCUUAAUAUCUUUCUCUUUCCCCCAGCUCCCCAAUUUAAACUGACAACUGUGCUUUUUUGUGUCCCCCCUCCUUCCCUCUCUCCAUCUCUGAACUGUAAGUGAACCAAGAGGGGUUUGACCCAGGCACUUCAAUGGAAUCCCAGAAAAAACUAUUUAGAAACUAUUUAUAUUUAAUUAAAAAUAUACAUUUUGAUGUAUCCUCCACAUUGCAUGUGCCUUUGGUGUUACCGAACGGUAUAGCUUAAUAAUUUCUUUCCAAAAUGGCGUCUCCUCUCUAUUUCAUGUAAGAUUCAUUCGGCCAUAUCUUUUUGAAGAGCUGAAGACAAUCCCAGCCAUUUUGUAUGCUGAGUGAAAGUAGGCAAUACUACAUUACUUGCAGUAUUGAAGGGUAAAAGGAAUUUGAACUGUUUCCCUUCUAGUUCUUAUUUCUUAUUAUACUGUGAACGCACUUAUUUAUUAGUGCAUUAGAAGUGCCUAUUAUUAUUAUUAUUAUUAUUAUUAUUAUUAUUAUUAUUAUUAUUAUUAUUAUUGUGUGCAUUAUUACCUGAUAUAACUUGUUGUUGUCAUUCAUAACAACAACAUGGCUCAUUUGAAGAGAUCCAUAGGCAUGUCACGAGACUUGUGUCCUGUUCAGGAGGAUGUAGGGGCGGCAGGUAGCUUAGUGGGUAAGAGCGUUGUGCCAGUAACCGAAAGGUCGCUGGUUCUAAUCCCCGAGCCGACUAGGUGAAAAAUCUGUCGAUGUGCCCGUGAGCAAGGCACUUAACCCUAAUUACUCCUGUAAGUCGCUCUGGAUAAGAGCGUCUGCUAAAUGACUAAAAUGUAAAAAUGAUGUAAUGUUACAGAGCGUACCGAUAUAAAUGUAUCGUGUAAAACAUAUAUUAUAUUAUGUUUUACAUUCUUUUUCUACCUGCAACAUUCAAGACUGUAAAGUGUGGGUGACUGAGAGAGUCUGACAACGUUACUGCCCAUGAAAAUAUCCAAUGUUUACUUCGCUAUUAGCAUCUCAUACAUUUACAUUUGAGUCAUUUAGCAGACACGAUAAUCCAGAGCGAUUUACAGUAGUGAGUGGAUACAUUUUUCGUACUUGUCCCCCGUGGGAAUCGAACCCACAACCCUGGCAUUGCAAGCGCUAUGCUCUACCAGCUAAGCCACACGGGAUCUACAUCUUGUGUCACACUGAAUGAUGUCCCCGCACACCCCACUUAAAGUUCACUAGUUCCGGUGUAAAACCGACCCAUCUACAUCCCCCUUUUUUAAAAUUAGAAACAACAAUGUUCAGUGUUUCACAUCACUAAAUAUAUACCACACAAAUAAACACCCACUUACCCACUUCCACCCCUCCUCACCCCCCCCCCCCCCCCCCCACACCAGGCUGAGAACCUACUCCUGGACGCUGACAUGAACAUCAAGAUUGCAGACUUUGGCUUCAGUAACGAGUUCACCAUGGGCAGUAAGCUGGACACGUUCUGCGGCUCCCCGCCCUACGCCGCCCCGGAGCUGUUCCAGGGGAAGAAGUAUGACGGGCCUGAGGUGGACGUCUGGAGCCUGGGGGUCAUACUGUACACGCUCGUGUCAGGGUCACUGCCCUUCGACGGUCAGAACCUGAAGGUGUGUUUGUAUGUGUGUUUAACCUUUAACCCUGGCCUCCACUCUUAUGGCCCAGUUUGCUACCCAUCUGACCUAAAUGUGCACUUGCUUUAUAAGGAAAGGACUGGUGGAAGAAUGGUGGAAACGCCAUCUAGUCCAUGCUUACACUUGCCUAACAUGCCAACUGCGUGGGGAAGAGUGCAUGUUUGCACACUUUGGGAGACAGGUUGAGAAUUGGGACAAAGGGUCUAUAUAUCCUCUGUAGGAUCUGAAAGAGUGUUGUCUGAGGGGGAAAUACUGUAUCCCCUUCUACAUGUCCACCGACUGACCCCUGACUUCUAAACUUCCAACCCUGCCUUUAACCUCUCCUCUCUAUCUCCCCCUAUAGGAGCUGAGAGAGCGUGUUUUAGGGGGGGAAAUACUGUAUCCCUUUCUACAUGUCCACCGACUGACCCCUGACUUCUAAACUUCCAACCCUGCCUUUAACCUCUCCUCUCUAUCUCCCCCUAUAGGAGCUGAGAGAGCGUGUUUUAGGGGGGAAAUACUGUAUCCCUUUCUACAUGUCCACCGACUGACCCCUGACUUCUAAACUUCCAACCCUGCCUUUAACCUCUCCUCUCUAUCUCCCCCUAUAGGAGCUGAGAGAGCGUGUUUUAGGGGGGGAAAUACUGUAUCCCUUUCUACAUGUCCACCGACUGACCCCUGACUUCUAAACUUCCAACCCUGCCUUUAACCUCUCCUCUCUAUCUCCCCCUAUAGGAGCUGAGAGAGCGUGUUUUAGGGGGGGAAAUACUGUAUCCCUUUCUACAUGUCCACUAACUGACCCUGACCUCUAACCCCCGACACCACCUUUUAACCUCUCCUCUCUAUCUCCCCCUAUAGGAGCUGAGAGAGCGUGUUCUAAGGGGUAAAUACCGUAUCCCUUUCUACAUGUCCACCGACUGCGAAAACCUCCUCAAGAGCUUCCUGGUGCUCAACCCAUCCAAGCGCGGCACACUUGAGGUGAGGGAGGAUGCCCAAAAUGUAAAUAUGUCUUACGCUUACUACUUAUUUUACUUGGCCGUCCACCCCCUCGCAAGGACUCUUUCCUUCUUUACGUCACUCCUGCCUGGUUUUUAUCUGUGUGGAGAUGUAUGGGAUGCAAGGUUUGAACACAGCACCUUCAUGUGGUCGCCCACACGCAGGCGUACGUGCACACACUGAUAUACGUGCGCGCAAACACACACCUCUUCCAUCCGCUGAAGUAGAUUUCCCACUUCUAGACGCACACACACGCACACAUACACCCUCACACCCUCACACACACAUCCUCACACACCUAUCCCUCCUCCAUAGUCCUGUCUGUACACACACUCAUCUCCCUGUGCUGAAGAAACAGACAUAAUUAAUUAAACCGCAAAAGGCAGUCCUACCACUCACAUCACGUCUGUGUGAGCAUUCUUUGUGUGUGUGUCCGUGAGUGUGUAUAUUUGUGUAAAUUUUUGUAUUUAUCUAAAACUAACCUUAGAUCAGUGUCUAGGAGCAACUUAAUUCUAGUCCUUUUUGUACAGUACCACAUCACCCAGGGGAAUAAUAAAACCGUGUCCCAAAUGGUACCCUAUUCCCUAAAUAGUGUCUAUUACUGCUAAGCACUGCUUAAGGCCGGCCUGUGUGUGUCCACCCACGUGUGUGUAUCUUUCUCCCUUAAGCACUUCACCCUACGUAGGCAACAUGCUUUUAUAGUGCAACUAGCUAGCUAUAUCCCCCCGUACCUCUCUUGAUUCAGAGGGGUUGGGUUAAAUGCGCAAGACACAUUUCGGUUGAAUGCAUUCAGUUGUGCAACUGACUAGGUAUCCCCCUUUCCCUUUAUUUGGAUACCAAGGGGUAGCUUAGCGUGUCUAAACAUGUGCACCGAUGCGAACACUUACACACGCACACACACACUCUUACUCAUCCAACCACCUUGUACCCUCCUGGCUACCCACCUGCCUUCCACAGUCGAUCCAUCUCUAGCUCCAUAGAGGGCCCACUCCCACCAAGACAGCAGCUGAACUCGUUUGCCUCGUGUGCUUCAGUUUGUUUUUGUUAUAAUCAUUCCAAAUACUCUGGUAAUGUUUUGAUAUAAUUGUAGGCUCGGACCUAAUUUAGGUGUUCUCUGUCACCUGGAGUUGCAUGGAAAAUGGUCCAGGAACAAAGAACAAUGCCAAAGGACUAUUACGAGUCACAUGUGAUUUAUAUUUAAUAUACUGUAUAUUCACAUAUAAAAUAUUACUGCCCACUACAUAGUCAACAAGUAACUUGGCUAUAUAAAAGAUCCUCUAUCUUUUCAUUUAUCGGAGAAAGCAAACAUAUAAAUCACUCCGGUUCCAUUGCUGAAUGCUCCUCCACCACGCACCUGGUUGGUUGAAAGCCUCCUGUCCUACCGACACAAGCCUCUCCCAAGCGGGUGUGAUACCUAGGCUACUCCCGUGGUGUGCUGCACUGCUUGGCACCCACCUUUCGGUCUGCUCCUGACUACCCAGGCCUCCCCUCCUGUCUGGUACAGGUACCCUUGCCCCCUUCUCCCCCGAGCUUCGCUCACUGCUCCAGCAUGCACACACUGCGGUCUCUGAUCCAAAUUGUAUCUUUAGCCUGUGGACUUUUGUGGACUUUUACUUGGGAACUUGUAUGCAUUUAGAGUUGUAUUACUUGGCCUUUAUUGUUAUUUUAUUGUAGCUUAGGCCUAUUUGAGGUUAGUGUGCAACCUCAUAGGCCUAAUUUUUUUAGAUCCGAUAACUUUUUAUGGUUAUUUCUCACAUUGAUUAAUCGGCUACAAAGGAACAUGUUGCUAUUGUCUACCCUUUACUCUUACACUGAGGAUGAUGCAUUUAGCUUGCCCCGCUAUUGCAGUGGAGAACUCUGUGCGUUUUUCUAAUUCGACAUGGGAGAAACCGCACGCUACCAUUUACAUGUCUGGAUUGUUAUUUUGGUACUUAACCAUGUUUCUGGACUGAUUGGUGGAGUGCUGCAGAGAUGGUUGUCCUUCUGGAAAGUUUCUCCAAUCUCCACAGAGGAACUGUGGAGCUCUGUCAGAGUGACCAUCGGGUUCUUGGUCAUCUCCCUGACCAAGGCCCUUCUCCCCCGAUUGCUCAGUUUGGCCGGGCGGCCAGCUCUAGGAAGAGUCUUGGUGUUUCCAAACUUAUUCCAUUUAAGAAUGAUGGAGGCCACUUUGUUCUUGGGGACCUUCAAUGCUGGAGGUAUUUUUUUGGUAGCCUUCCCCAGAUCUGUGCCUCGACACAAUCCUGUCUCUGAGCUUUACAGACAAUUCCUUCGACCUCAUAGUUUGGUUUUUGCUCUUACAUGCACUGUCAACUGUGGGACCUUAUAUAGACGUGUGUGCCUUUCCAAAUCAUGUCCAAUCAAUUGAAUGUACCACAGGUGGACUCCAAUCAAGUUGUAGAAACAUCUCAAGGAUGAUCAAUGGAAACAAGAUGCACCUGAGCUCAAUUUUGAGUCUCAUAGCAAAGGAUAUGAAUUGGUAUGUACAGUUGAAGUCAGAAGUUUACAUACACUUAGUUGACUGUGCCUUUUAAACAGCUUGGAAAAUUCCAGAAAAUGAAGUCAUGGCUUUAGAAGCUUCUGAUAGGCAAAUUGACAUAAUUUGAGUCAAUUGGAGGUGUUCCUGUGGAUGUAUUUCAAGGCCUACCUUCAAACUCAGUGCCUCUUUGCUUGACGUCAUGGGAAAAUCUAAAGAAAUCAGCCAAGACCUCCGAAAAAAAUGGUAGACCUCCACAAGUCUGGUUCAUCCUUGGGAGCAAUUUCCAAACGCCUGAAGGUACCACGUUCAUCUGUACAAACAACAGUACGCAAGUAUAAACACCAUGGGACCACGCAGCCGUCAUACCACUCAGGAAGGAGACGCGUUCUGUCUCCUAGAGAUGAACGUACUUUGGUGCGAAAAGUGCAAAUAAAUCCCAGAACAACAGCAAAGGACCUUGUUAAGAUGCUGGAGGAAACAGGUACAAAAUUAUCUAUAUCCACAGUAAAAUUAGUCCUAUAUCGACAAUUAUGUGGAUAUAUUGAAGCAACAUCUCAAGACAUCAGUCAGGAAGUUAAAGCUUGGUCGCAAAUGGGUCUUCCAAAUGGACAAUGACCCAAAGUUGUGGCAAAAUGGCUUAAGGACAACAAAGUCAAGGUAUUGGAGUGGCCAUCACAAAGCCCUGACCUCAAUCCUAUAGAAAAUUUGUGGGCAGAACUGAAAAAAACGUGUGCGAGCAAGGAGGCCUACAAACCUGACUCAGUUACACCAGUUCUGUCAGGAGGAAUGGGCCAAAAUUCAACCAACUUAUUGUGGGAAGUUUGUGGAAGGCUACCCAAAACGUUUGACCCAAGUUAAACAAGUUAAAGGCAAUGCUACCAAAUACUAAUUGAGUGUAUGUAAACUUCUGACCCACUGGGAAUGUGGUAAAAUAAAUUAAAGCUGAAAUAAAUCAUUCUCUCUACUAUUAUUCUGACAUUUCACGUUCUUAAAAUAAACUGGUGAUCCUAACUGACUUAAGACAGGGAACUUUUACAAGGAUUAAAUGUCAGGAAUUGUGAAAAACUGAGUUUAAAUGUAUUUGGCUAAGGUGUAUGUAAACUUCCGACUUCAAUUGUAAGUAAGGUAUUUCUGUUAUUUAUUGUUAAUACAUUUACAAAAAAAUCUAAAAACCUGUUUUUGCCUUGUCAUUAUGGGGUAUUGUAUGUAGAUUGAUGAGGAAAGAAAAUAAUUUAAUAAAUUUUAGAAUAAGGCUGAAAUGUAACAAAAUGUGGACAAAGUCAAGGGGUCUGAAUACUUUCCGAAUGCACUGGCUUGCGAAAGCAUUCACCCCCCUUGGCAUUUUUCCUAUUUUGUUGCCUUACAACCUGGAAUUAAAAUGGGGUUUGUAUCAUUUGAUUUACACAACAUGCCUACCACUUUGAAGAUGCAAAAUAUUAGACAAGAACAAGAAAUUAGACAAAAUAACAGAAAACUUGAGAAUGCAUAACUAUUCACCUCCCCAAAGUCAAUUCUUUGUAGAGCCACCUUUUUCAGCAAUUACAGCUGCAAGUCUCCUGAGGUAUGUCUCUAUAAGCUUGGCACAUCUAGCCACUGGGAUUUUUGCCCAUUCUUCAAGGCAAAAUUGCUCCAGCUCCUUCCAAGUUGGAUGGGUUCUGCUGGUGUACAGCAAUCUUUAAGUCAUACCACAGAUUCUCAGUUGGAUUGAGGUCUGGGCUUUGCCUAGGCCAUUCCAAGACAUUUAAAUGUUUCCCCUUAAACCACUUGAGUGUUGCUUUAGCAGUAUGCUUAGGGUCAUUGUCCUGCUGAAAGGUGAACCUCCGUCCCAGUCUCAAAUCUCUAGAAGACUGAAACAGGUUUCCCUGAAGAAUUUCCCUGGAUUAAGCGCCAUCCAUCAUUCCUUCAAUUCUGACCAAUUUCCCAGAUCCUGCCGAUGGAAUUAUUAUUAUUAUUUAGGGGCUUCAUAGCAAAGGGGUUGAAUAUAUGCACGCACCACUGUUCCGUAAUUUAUUUUUUCGAAUUUUUUGAAACAAGUUAUUUUUUUCAUUUCACUUCACCAAUUUGGACUAUUUUGUGUAUGUCCAUUACAUGAAUUCCUAAUAAAAAUACAUUUCAAUUACAGGUUGUAAUGCAACAAAAUUGGAAAAACGCCAAGGGGGAUGAAUACUUUUGCAAGGCACUAUACGUUGUAAAAUUGUAUUCAUAGGCUAGGUUGUAACAACCUCAUGAUGGUUAUAGGGAAAAUGUGAGUAUCACGUAGUAUCCUAAACCUAUCAAUGUUACAUUGAGCUGGGUGAAUGGAAUAUGAAUGACAGUCAUACAAUAUGCUGUAAUAGAAAUAAGGCCAUGCACAUUUUUUUUUAAAUAAUCGUCCGCCCUCAUCUUAAACGGAACUGACCGCCAUUGUUGUUAACAAUGUAACAAGGUUGAAUGCAGUGUCCUCUAAAAUCCUCAUUGAUUGAUCUUAAUUUAACUAACGUCCACAUCAUUUUAAUGCUUCUGCUUCAAAUUAUAUAAGUGAACACUGUGCUGCUGCCUGUGUGAGGGAUUGUAAAAUUCCUAAACUGCCUCCACGUAUCAUCAUGAAAAUAAACUGGAAGCAGUUUGAUACUCAGGGUUUUAUACAUUGUUUUUUACUUUGCCUGGAAUAGAGUUUAAUUCAUCCCUGAUGUUGAAUUAGCCUUUUCCUACUUCCAUAAAGCAUUCCAGGAUGUAUGCAACAAGCAUUUCCCUUUCAAACAAUACAGAAUUAAAGGCAGAGACAACCCUUGGUUCUCAGAUGAACUAGCUAAAAUCAUAAGGAAACGGAAUGCUUUGUGGGCUAAGGCAAGGUGGUCUGAUUCAGCUGAUGGUUGGAUGGCUUUUAAACGCCUUCGGAAUCAGGGUGUGGCUAUGACCCGAAAGCUGAAAGCAGACCACUAUCUCAAAUCAACUGCUGAUAAUCUGAAUAAUCCUUCAACAUUUUUGAAAAGUUUAUAGUGCAAAGGAGAUGCACAGCUCCCUAAACAGCUGCUAGUUGACUCACAGGUGGUAAUUGAGAACCUUUAUUCUGAACUCUUUUAAUCAAAAUUUUCUUGAUGCAGGCAUAUUAUUUGAUAGGCUUAAAGGUCAACAUUUGCACACCUGUGAAAUGACCUGACACUCCCAAGCACUCCUUCUCCAGGUUCUCCUUCUCGCCCUUCUCUGUCUCAGAGGUGCGUAGAGCCCUGA